AUGCAUCCACGUGAGGCGGAGGGGAAAAGGGGGGCGGAAAACGUUGGCCUGUACAACUUCUACAACAACAUCAUCCCGAGUCAGUCCAUCAGAACGGCGAUCUACACAAAAAUAAAAGGAAACAAAAAGAAGUACUUACUAUACGCUUGCAGUAACUACCUUAACGUAUGUUCGGUGGAUAAGGAUGGCUACACAAGUGACUACAGCAAGCAUGCCGUCUUUGCGGAGAUCCUGGAGUUAAGAGAAUACAUCCCAGAAAAGCUAGCUGAUUCAGGAAUAAAGGAAAAUAUAAAAUCCUACGUUUUUUUACUAACGAGGAAGUAUAACUUGUUACUGCUCCAUUUCGAUGUGAAGCUAAAUGAUUUUGUCACCAUCUCCCAAGUCAAUUUACACGAAAGUAAUGGUAUGAAUAUAGAGGAAGACAUUACUCUCCUGUUGGAUGAUCGAAACAGGACUCUCCUAUUUUAUGGAUACAAAAGUAUAUUAAAGUAUAUACACAUAGAUUAUGACGAUUAUUUUAAUUUAAGCCACAUCUACACGUUGAGGUUGGAUGAGGGUCUCGUCAUAGACAUCAUUUUUUUGAAGUUCAAACAGGGGAGGUAUAGCGGUGAACACAGACGCAGUGCACGAGAGGAGGAGAAGGACCAACUAAAGGCCUUCUACCUAAGCACCAGCAAGCGCAGCAUCGACACACGUGACGACUGUGCUACUGGGCUAAACCUUACUGCAAAGGGAGAUACCCACCGAAGCAGCACCAAAAAGGGAGGUGAUCAUUUCACCACCGACGCAGGAAAUGAUGUUAACACAGAAGGCAGAAACAAUGCCCCGGAGGGAAGUAUUAAACAGGAGUGUAGCAAUGAUACCGAUGGGCAAUACACCACCGUAGAACGAAUCAAGAGACAGUACGCAGAUAAGACAGCGUCCCUUGAUCACGACGCGUCCGUUAAUGGAACUUUCCCCAGAAGCGAAGAAAAGGGCACAUCAAAUGUGGGGUCGAAAAAAGGGCUGACCGAAUGGACAUGCAAAAGUGAGAAUCAGACUCUGGAAGGACCCCCCCCCGUGGACACCUUUAUGGAUAAAUUUUUUGCGGAUGACAUCCCAUGGGGAAAUAACGAAUCGAAAAAAAAGAAUGACCUCCAUGGGAGUCACCACAAGGGAAGGAAAAAACAGAAGAGCAAUGUAAGCGCCACGAUAUGUGUCCUGUAUGACGCCAAGAAAAAGGAAUCCACUACCUAUGAGAGGUACAUUAGGCUGAUCCGUUUAUAUUCUGCCAAUGAUGAGCAGCGUCCCAGCAGGUUAAGUGAAACCAGCACAUCUACGAAUGCACGCCUAAAUAAUGGGUUCAGUGAACACGGUCAUAUGAGGACCAGUGGUGCAUCCUACCCACACAGUAGUGAAGUGAAUUUUGUAAAGGAACCCAAGGAUGAAGAAAAGUGUAUCCACCUGAUGUACUACAAACCCGUAGUAGUAGACUCGAGCAUAAACAAGCUCCUCUGUUUCGCCAGAAAUAAAUUGAUGUUGGUGGGCUUCCAGUUCAUUAGCUAUGUUAACCUGGAAACAGACAAGGACAGGAACUUUUUCCUGAGCUCCGAGUUAAGAACCAUCAGGUGCAUUGAACAGUUAAGUAGAAAUAAAUUCAUUUUAUCAGACGAUUAUGGCGACCUGUUCAUUUUAACGUGUCUAUAUGAAUCCAAUCCGUCCUCCCUCAGAAUAAGAAGUGACUGUAGCAAUACGGGUAGCUCCCCCAGGGGGGCGUCCAUUAGGGGGGACCCCUCCAUAGGUUGCGAAAUGAGGGCAAUCUAUGAAGGCAUCAACCACGGCAGGGGCGCGAACAACCUUGACAGCACCACGAGCAGCUGCAUAAACUCCAUCACCCUGCAGUUCAUAGGGACCUGCUCCAGGUCCAACGUCAUUGUGUCCCUCUUCCCGGACAUUAUAUUUCUGGGUUCCCAAGUGAGUGACAGCUACUUGUUGCGGAUGCACAAUUAUCCUGUUUGUGAGUACGAAGACUACAACCCCGUGGAGCCACCCCCCUUAGCAGGUCACAAUGAUUUCCACUGUUUGGAAACCGAUAAACAUGUCACAGGUGGAACGGCUGACCAUAAUUUUAAUGAUGAAAACGGAAGUUCCCCUGGGGGGCAGCUCCAUAAAGGGGAUACAACGAACGAAGCGAAUGAGAGGAACACCCCAUUUUACCAUCUUCCGGGUGGACCGCAGGAGGAUGGCCUUCUCAAGGGUGAUGUGGGGGAGGAGCACACCCUGUUCCCUCAAAGUGCCAACGGAAGUCCCCGAUUCAGUCACCGCUACGAUGAAAAUGAGCUUCAUCACCGCAACGAAUACGACAAUGUAACCUGCUUGGAGAGCGCCUGUCUUAAUAAGGAAGAGAGAGGCCUGCUCAACAUGGGACCGAUUCUAGAUUUCUGUGUCGUCAAAAAUAAGAAUGACCAGAAGGAGAUUAUAACCUGCAACAGUUACGGACGAACUGGAUGCAUAUCGAUCAUCAGGAAUGGGAUGAAAGUGGAUAUAAUUUCCAAGCUGAACUUUGGGAAAAUCACUAACAUGUUUGUCGUCAAGUAUGUUAUCCACCUGAGGAAAAGUUCCCCCACGGGGAGUGCCAAAGGGGAAUAUGUUCCUUCAGGAGGACCGUCACAGAAGAGGAACAUCCACGGGGAGGAAAAGUCACGAAGGGAUGAAAACACCUCCCUCAAUAAUCAUGACCAUGUCAACGAAAAUCAAUUCUUACGAAACGAUGUUUUCCACAACAGUAGUGAAGAAAAACGAAAGAAGCCACCACUGCACUUCCAAGCAUUCGCCUACCUAAAUGAAAAAAAAAGCGUCGAAAUAAAGGACAUCAAUUUGUGCUUCCUAAAUAAGUACUACUUCCAGAAUGAGGACGAAAUUGACGUUUUGAAUUAUGCCAAUUUUAUAUACUUCCACAUUUUCAUCAUUUGCUUGUCUUACGGGUAUCAAACGAAGGUGAUCGGCGUGUGUAGGGAGACACCAGGUGGGAGGGCAGGCAGGAACAGACGUAGUGUGUCCAGGGAGGCCACUUCAAAUUUCACGGAACAUCCACAUGGUCAGAAGAGGAAACAUCACUACGAUGAAGAUGAGGAUGAAAAUGACGAUGAUGCAUCGUCGAACGAUGCAAAUGAUGUGUUAAAGAAUUUUCCCUACCUCGUUCAAGUGACCAAUAGACACAUCAAUUUGCUUUGCUGCUUAUCAUUAAAGAUGGUGUACCAGUUAGAGAAGGACUACAUUUUUAGGUUCUGCUUAUACAAUGACUACCUCUAUGUUUAUUGUGACAGGGGUAUCGAGGUGUACUCCGUUGAGCAGAAAUACCUGCAGUUUUUGCAUACCCACGAGGUGAGCGAAACGAUUAGCUCCUUCGUGGUAUACAAAAGUUUAAUGGCCUGUGCGUUCAACAGUAGGGAAGUGAUCCUGUUUAACGUAGACCAUGGGGCACUGGACCAAAUUAGAAGUGCGAUUCGUAAUUCUGGAAGGGACGGUGCACCGAUGAACAUCGAUGAGAAGGAAAACGGCAGGGGCAUCUUCGUCCAGGCGAACCUCUACACCCCCCCGCUGGACUACUUCGUCUUCAUAUCAGACGUCCAAGUGUUAGAUCUUAACGACAACGUGUAUCUUUUUGUUGGGUACAGCAACGGGGUCGUGGAAUAUUUUCUGCUCUGCGCGGAUAGGAGGAGGGUGAACGCAACUCAAGUGGAUGAUCACGCCAAAGGGGGAGGAAAAAAGGGAGGCGAAUCGAAGAAUCAGGUUGCCCAACAGGAGGAACCACCACGUAGACGCCGAACCAAUGACAACUUAUUCAGGCUGCACAAAUCCUACUUGAAAAAAAAAGAGGAAACCUUACGAUGCAUUUAUCGAGACGAACUCAUUAACAAAGACAGGGAACCAACGCAGAGUUACAAAAUAAGAAUUACAGACACCAUGAAGAAGCAGAAAAAGGAGAAAAAAUACAAAAGGGAUUUAAUCAGGUACAUGUCUGAAACGCAUGCGAAUGUACUUCCAUACUUCAACAGUGAGAAAAAUGUCUUCACCAAUUUGUCCGACUUACAUAGCUUAUGUGUUAGGGAUCAGGAGGAUGAAAUUCUGUUGGACUAUGAUUUGUUUUACAAUGCGAACCCUGAAUCGGACACGUUUAUCGGCAUGGACGAUAUUUUAAAAGGGCGCCACGCGGGGGGGGCUCAAAACGCCAACCAACAGGGCGAUGCGCAAACCGAGGAAGAAUGCAACCCCACUGCAGACAAAUCGAACAGUAAAAAAGGGAUACAUUCCAGUGAGGGCAUAGCGCUGCAGGAUGAGGACAACCCUCCUGACGACGCGGACCAACUGAACGAAUCCAACCAAUACGUUAAAUGCUCGGGCGUACCAUCCAGGCUAACCAACCAACCCUUCACGAUAAAACGAAAUUGUAAAAGCCAUCACAAAGAAAUGAGUCUCCACCGGAAGAAGGCCAAAUACUAUUUUCAGUUUUUUCAAAUUUAUGGUAUGUCCUCCGAAGAAUCUUCCGAGGAAGACGUCUUGAACUUUCGCACCUUUGAAAAGUUAGACGCGAAAAUGAAGCAGAGGAGGAAGGUAGCUAACCACAGGGACACUCCAAACUGUGGAAGCAGUUACUUCGGUGGUAAAAGCAGCAAAAGCAGCAAGUAUAUCUUUCGCGACGAUGUGCGUAGCAAUGACGGGGAUGCACGGAAGCAUGUCAGAGGGAAACGUACCCCGCUAGAGGAGCAAAAACUGUUGACCAAAAUUCCCACUCCCCAAAGCACGUCGUCCGGUUCUAACGCAGAUGGUAGUUAUGUGUCUAUUUCAACGGGGAGAAAGGACAUCAACUUGAACCACGAAAUGGUUAGUGAGGACUAUCCCUCCGUCGCUACACAGGGUGGGAGAAGGCGAUCCUCCCACGGGGAGGCGAAGCUGAAGGUUCCAAGAAUUUCCAGCGCAGUGGACGACAUGGGUGAGAGUGACCCAGAAAGGGGAACAAAAAAGGGAAAGGGUAAACUAAACCCCAGUAAUGCAAAUAUAGGAAGAAGGAAUGUGUGCAAGGAGGAGAGGGGUUCUAGUGAUGACCAAUCUGACCAAUCGGACUGUCCUCCCCGCUCGAGCGACGCGACUUGCAAAAAGGACAUAAAUAAUGAGCACCUCCUAGAAGAAAUGAAAAAAAACAAAGCUAAUUUAACAGAAAGGGAGCUCAAGCAAAUGAAGGAAAAGGAAGAAAUUCUCAGUGACAUUUUCCAAAGGAAAAUAAAGAAACAGUAUAACGAUGUCUAUGUUCGGGAAAAACAAAUGGGUUCAGGAAAAUAUAGUGACAUAGAUGCAGAAAUAUCAUCAGAUGCAUCUAUCCGUUUUAAAAAUCUUAACAAUAUUCUCUUUGAUGAAAAGGUGUAUCUAAAAAAAUACGUCGUGAGAAGUGAAAAAAUUUUAUUAACCAAGAGGAGACAAAUUUCCACAUGUACAAAAAGUCCAGUGAGAUUUAAAACUUUUUUAAAAGUUCAAUCGGAAAAGAAUCAAGUGGAUAUUAACAUGAGUAAGCUUUCGAAGAGGUGCAAUUUUCUCUUCGUCUGCUGUGACAACCCUAUUAUUAUUUACUCGACCCUGAAGAAAAAAAUAUCCACCUCUAAGCUAUCCAUUAGGAAUGUACUCCUGGUAGACAUGUUUAGCGACUUCAAUUACCUCAACCCCUUCCAUAACUUCCUGUCGUUUAAAAAAAAAAAUCAGAACAACUCCUACUUCAUUUUUUUCGAUGGAUAUAAACUGUGCAUUUCGUACCUAAACGAGAUGAAAAAAACCUUCAUGGAAAGAAUUCCCUUCCAUAGGACCGUCGAGAAAAUUGCAUACCACGCAGAUACGGGUUUGCUGAUUACGGCAUGCCCUGUGGAGGAGAAACAUAAAACCAACCAGAUGAUGAAGCAAAUCGUCUGCUUCUUCGAUCCCUUCCAAAACUCAUUCAAGUACACCUAUAUCAUUCCCUCCAAGUUUAGCGUCUCCAGCAUAUGUAUUUACGAAUUGGCUUCCAGCUCUUCCACGGGUGGAGGUCACUCUGUUGAUGAAAUGGACCAAACUAAUUCGGAAGACCGAGCUGUUAACCCCCCCGUGCAGACACUCAUCUGCGUAGGCACGGCCAACAACAACGAGCGAAUCACGGAGCCCUCCUCCGGGCACAUCUACGUGUUCAUCGCCAAGAAGAAAACCAACCAGUUUGAAAUCAAGCACAUUUACACCUACAACGUGAACUGCGGAGGGAUCACCCACUUGAAGCAGUUCCACGAUAAGAUCGUUGCGGCGGUGAACAACACGGUCGUCAUCCUCGACAUUGGAAACUUCCUGACCAACUUAGGCACAUACAUCUACAACGCCAGCAAAGCCAUUAAAGUAGAAAGCAACGAUGCCUUCCUGGAGGUGGCCUCCUUUACGCCGAGCUCCUGGAUUAUGAGUCUGGACGUUGUAAAAAACUACAUCGUCGUCGGGGACAUCAUGACGUCAGUGACCCUCCUGUCUUACGAUUUCGAAAAUGCCAUUCUCAACGAAGUCUGCAGGGACUACGCGAACAUUUGGUGCACAUCCGUCAGUGCCCUGUCGGAGAACCACUUUCUUGUCUCGGACAUGGAGUCCAACUUCCUCGUUUUGCAAAAGUCAAACAUUAAGUUUAACGACGAAGAGUCUUUCAAGCUAUCGUUGGUUUCACAAUUCAACCAUGGAAGCGUCGUCAACAAAAUGUUCUCGACGUCGUUGAGGAACCUAGUCGACGAUGAGGAACGCCGAAACGAAAUUGUGCAGAAGGAGCGAAGCAUCCUGUGCGCCUCCAGCGAAGGCUCGAUCAGUGCCCUCAUUCCAUUUUCCAACUUCCUACAAUUUAAGAGGGCCCUGUGCAUCGAAAUUGCUAUAAACGACAACAUCUCUUCUCUCGGAAAUUUGAGCCACAGCUCCUACCGAGAGUAUAAAGUCAGCUUGGCCACCAAAAACUGCAAAGGUGUAGUCGACGGGGAACUUUUCAAGAUGUUCUUUUACCUGCCCUUCGAGCGGCAGCUGAAGACGUACAUCUAUGCUAAGUGGAUCGCCAAAAAGUUGAAUUGCAAGCUCGGGAGCUUCGAACACUUUAUUCUGGACAUAGAGAAUCUGUGCGGCCUUUUGUGA